CACAAAGUUGCUUAGUAAAGAAGCUUCAUUUUUCUCUCUUUCUUUUUAUUGGAAAAUUUUUCCCAUUCCUCAACUUCUCCUUCUCACCUCAAACCCCAAUUUCUCUAAGGAAGAAGAAGAAGAAGAAGAAGAAUUGAGAAGAAUUAUUGGAGGAUCAUAUAAAUAAGAAUGGGGAGAGGAAAGAUAGAGAUAAAGAGAAUAGAGAACACAACAAAUAGACAAGUGACAUUCUGUAAGAGAAGAAAUGGACUUUUGAAAAAAGCUUAUGAACUCUCUGUUCUUUGUGAUGCUGAAGUUGCUCUCAUUGUCUUCUCCAGCCGUGGCCGUCUCUAUGAAUACUCCAAUAACAGCAUCAAAACAACUAUUGAGAGGUACAAGAAGGCUUGUUCUGAUAGCUCAGCCACUAGCUCUGUCACUGAAUUAAACACUCAAUAUUAUCAGCAAGAAUCGGCUAAACUGCGUCAACAGAUACAAAUGCUUCAGAAUUCCAACAGCAAUCUUGUUAGGCACUUGAUGGGGGACUCCUUGAGUGCUCUUACUGUCAAAGAACUCAAGCAGCUUGAAAAUAGGCUUGAAAGAGGCAUCACUAGAAUCAGAUCAAAGAAGCAUGAAAUGUUGCUAGCAGAAAUUGAGUACCUUCAGAAAAGGGAGAUUGAGCUGGAGAAUGAAAAUGUGUGUAUUAGAACCAAGAUAGCGGAAGUAGAGAGGGUUCAACAAGCAAACAUGGCCGUAUCUGGACAAGAACUGAAUGCAAUUCAAGCAUUGGCUAAUUCUCGCAAUUUCUUCUCUCCCAAUAUCAUGGAACCUGCUGGACCUGUUUCUUUCUCUCAUCAAGACAAGAAGAUGCUUCAUCUUGGGUGAUGAAAUGAUCUGCAGCUGUUUUGGAGACCAAAAUGAUGGGGACAAUUGUUUGUUUUAAUUAAUAUUCAGAAAAUCAUUGAGAUUACAAAAAGAAUUAAAAUAAAAUAUGCCCAUCAUUUUCUAAGUACAAAAUUUAAUUAAUUUUCCUCAAUGAUCAGUGAUGAUCAGAGCGUGAUGUGAUUUAAUUUGCAGUUGUGUGUUUCAAAUUCUAUAUAUAUUAUUAUAUACACUACGACAUACAUAUGAUAUAUAUGCUACAAUGACUCUAAUGCUAA